UCCAUCUCUCUUCUUCAACCUUGUCCUAGUAUCGAUGGCAUCUUCAUCGUCGUCUUUUCACUCCACUCCUCCCACCUCUUGGAAAUAUGACGUUUUUCUCAGUUUUAGAGGUACAGACACUCGCUACACCUUUGUGGAUCAUCUUUAUACAGCUCUUAUACAACAAGGAAUCGGCACUUUCAAGGAUGACGAAGAACUUCCUCGGGGCGAAACCAUCCGUCCAUCACUUUUGAAUGCUAUUGAAGACUCACAGAUUGCUGUCGUUGUAUUCUCUGAACACUAUGCCCAUUCUUCUUGGUGCUUGCAAGAACUUGAACAUAUCAUGAAAUGCAAGGUUGAGAGAGACCAACUUGUUAUUCCCAUAUUUUAUCACGUUGAUCCCUCGGAAAUCCGAAAUCAAAAAAGGAAAUACGGAGAAGCAUUUGCCAAACACGAGUAUGAGAGGAGAAACGUUGAAUCCUGGAGAAAGGCACUUGCAGAUGCAGGGAACCUAUCUGGACAUGUCUCCAAUGGGUGAUCUUAUUUUUUUGAUUUUUAAAAUAUAAUUAAUGCUUCACAAUUAUACUUGUACCAUAUAAGCUUUCAAAGGAUAAACCC